UCCAACUAUCUCAGGUCACCCUCUUGGUGGUUGGGGCAGAUUCUGAUGACUAUUGGAGAAAUGGGCAAUUUCCUAGCAUACGGCUUUGCUCCUGCGUCAAUCGUAUCGCCUCUUGGUGUGGUGGCAUUGGUAUCAAACUGUGUCAUUGCGCCAAUCUUUUUCGGCGAGGUGUUCCGGAACCGAGAUUUCUGGGGCGUCGUCAUUGCCGUCGCUGGUGCCGUCGUCGUCGUUCUGAGCGCAAAGCAAGAGGAAACGAAGCUGGAUCCUGAAGGAGUAUGGGAUGCCAUAUCCACCAUGGAAUUCGAGAUUUACAUGGCCGUCUCUAUCUCCCUCAUCAUUGUGUUGAUGUGUGCCAGCCCCAAGUAUGGCAACAGGACUAUUCUCAUCGACCUCGGUCUUGUUGGUCUAUUUGGCGCCUAUACUGCUCUCUCCACAAAAGGUGUUUCCUCUAUGCUGUCCUCGACACUCUGGGGAGCCUUCGCAACGCCAGUCACAUACGUACUUCUACUUGUACUCCUGGGUACCGCGGUCAUGCAAGUCCGCUAUGUGAAUAAAGCUCUCCAGCGGUUUGAUUCGACGCAGGUCAUCCCUAUACAGUUUGUCAUGUUCACUUUGUCUGUAAUUAUUGGAAGCGCCAUCCUAUACCGGGAUUUCGAGCGAACAAGCGCCGAACAGGCUAUCAAGUUUGUCGGCGGGUGUUUACUUACUUUCUUUGGUGUUUUCCUC